AUGAGCAAUCCAGAACUUGCAGCCAGAGCCUGCCCCGGGCUCCUGAUGCUAUCUCCUGGGGAUAUGGUUCUGGGACUGCUGGUGUGGACACUUAUCGCUGGAACCGAGUACUUCCGGGUCCCUGCUUUUGGCUGGGUCAUGUUUGUAGCUGUGUUUUACUGGGUCCUCACCGUCUUCUUCCUCAUCAUCUACAUAACAAUGACCUACACCAGGAUCCCGCAGGUGCCCUGGACAACAGUGGGUCUGUGCUUUAAUGGCAAUUCUCUAGUCUUAUACCCACUCUCGGCCGCUGUGGUGGAUACUCUUCUGUCUCCGGAGGACAGCCACAACUUCAACAGCUGGGUGGCUCAGUCAUUCUUCGCCUUUCUGGUCACCAUCUGCUAUGCUGGGAACACAUACUUCAGUUUUAUAGCUUGGAGAUCCAGGACCAUACAGUGA